ACAGCAAGAGACGCAGAGACUCUAUCAGCCGGCUCGACAGCAAGAAACGAGUCAACUACGAGAAUGAUGGACAGCCAGAAUGCUUUGGAGAAGGACUUCAUACAAGGAAAUGGGAAUGGCUACAACGGACAUGGGCACCUCGAUGCCUCGGUAGACUCUGGUACUGCGCUCCAUCAGAUUCGAACAGCAGGAAGCAUCUCUAUUUCGCCCGAGCUCUUCGAGAAAUUAUACCUAUCGCCCCAAAACCAGGUGAAAGGCGAGCUGCGUAAGACUUUUGGUAACCCGACUCCGAUUGCGCUUAUCGGCUUCAUACUCUCACUCCAUCCAUUGAGCAUGACACUUAUGGGAUGGCGAGGCGCUGGAGGUAGUGGUUCAGCAAGUAUCGGCUGGUAUUACUUCGCAGGUGGUUUACUCAUGAUACUCGGAGGUAUUGGUGAAUGGAUUCUUGGAAACACAUUCCCCUUUGUUGUCUUCGCCUCCUUCGGCGCCUUCUGGCUUGGUUUUGCCGCAACUCUUCAGCCUUUCUACAACGCAUACGGCGCAUACGCACAGCCAGGUGUGGAAAACAGCACGGGUCUUGAGUCUCGGGGCUUCAACGUUGGUAUUGCAUACUUCCUGAUCAUGAUGGGCAUUCUAUGCUUCAUCUACCUAAUCUGCUCCAUCCGUACCAACCUGAUCUUCUUCCUCAUCUUCUUCACUCUCGUGCCCGCUUUCAUGCUCCUCGCCGGUAGCUACUUCAAGGUCGCCACGGGUGACGCGAAUCUGGGCCAAGAAGCUUGCUGAAGCUGCUGGUGCAUUCUGCUUUGUUGCAUGUUUAUGCGGCUGGUACAUCUUCUUCGCCAUCAUGCUGGCCAGUGUCGACUUCCCGCUUGACCUGCCUCUCGUCGAUUUAUCCAGCAUUAUCAAAGGCGCAAGCGAGAAGCGAAAGAUUAACCACGUCGAAUGAGUACGAUUAAGUGCAGGGCAGUCGUGCCAGGUUGAACCUUGUAGCAGCUAGCAUGCUAGGCUAUCGCAGGAUCGAUCGAGCAGCAAUGACCAAAACAAUGUAACUGUUGCGAGUCAGGCAGUUGCAAAAACUGGGGACCGCAAAAGUUGGACAGGAUGAUUAUGGAUAUGACGUGUAUCUGGUGUAGUAAUGGUAAUUGACGAGAUCCCACAAACAACAUAGUAAUAAUACAUGUGAUCACGGAUUUUUUUUUCUGGAAA